GUCCAAUUUGGCCGGUUCCUUACGCUCAACUCUCCCUUCUUGCAGUCGCUAUGGUCCUAUCGGGCACUCAGCUCGACGGCGUUGCCCUUGUUGUCGGUUCCGGCCGCGGCAUUGGUCAACAGACCGCCUUUACGCUCGCUGAAGCAGGCGCGCGCGUUGUCGUUUUCGCUGACAAGGACAUCGACCCUGCGAAAGAGUCCGCCGAGGAAAGUAAACUCUACGCUACUCACCCUGAGUACCAGGCAACUCACUUCACGGUCAACGUAAUCGACGAGCAGGGUGUACAGGAAAUGGUGGAUUUCGUAGUCAACAAGUUCGGUCGAAUCGACUACGCAGUCAAUGGAGCAGGGAUCGACAGCGGCAUCCACAAACCCAUGGCCGACACAGACAUCGAAAGCUACGACCGUAUCCAGCAGAUCAACUCCCGGGGCAUGAUGCUCUGCUGUCGUGCCGAGGCAGCCGCCAUGCGCAAGCAAUCCUCCCGGUCAUUCACCACCCGCAUUGGCACUAGGGAUAUUGGUCGCGGUGCGAUUGUUAACAUUGCCUCAGCGAAUUCCUUUGUCGGACUUCUGGGAAAGGCAUCGUAUACUAUUUCCAAGCAUGCUUGUUUGGCGAUUACUAAGAUGACCGGGCUUGAUCAUUCUCCUGAAGGCAUUCGGUGUAAUGCGGUGUGUCCUGCUUGGGUGCGCACCCCCAUGUUGGAUGCUGAGUUCGCGAAGAAUCCUGAAGUGCGCGCGCAGAUUGAGGCUAUGUCGCCUCUUAAGAGGCCGGCGGAGUGUGAUGAGGUGGCGGAUACGGUUGUGUAUUUGCUCAGUCCUUCGGCUAGUUUUAUUAAUGCUUCGCAUGUGGUUAUUGAUGCUGCGUUGACUGCGACUGUGCGAAUGCAUUAG